AUGGAACACAAUGGCGAGCUGACGGGGCACCAAUUCUCCCUUCCAGCCGAGAUCAUAGUUGAGAUUCUUUCAAGGCUAUCAGUGAAGUCCUUAUGCCGCUUCAGGUGCGUAUCAAAGCCUUGGCGUUCUCUAAUCUCCAACACCAAGUUCAUUGCACUGCACGCCAAGAAAACCCUCGAGGAUAAAGAGGUAUUCCUUCGGAGACGAAGAGUCAUAUUUAAAGUGGCACUACGUUACCUUUACUCUUUGGACCUAGACCAGUUCCUCAACCAUAACUAUAACGAUGAUGAUGACAAUGCACUGGUUCUUAAGAAUCGCCAUGUUCAUGCAGAUAAUAAUCAUGAUGGUUUGAUACCAGCCACCGAGCUCGAUUUUGUUUCUGCAGAAGGACGUAGACCCAUAUACUUCAUCUACUCCUGCAAUAACUUGUUGUUGUGCGAUAUGAGGCGUGGGUUUUAUUUGGUUAACCCUGCAACCAGGGAGAUGAAGAAAGUACCAAAGACACCAUCAUGGAGACCUGUGAGGCCCUAUUGCUUGAGCUUAUGUGGAUUUGGAUUUGAUUCCUCCACCAAUGAGUACAAGGUGGUUAACGGGCAGGUCUAUUCUGAUAUCAAUGUAAUCGUAUUUAGUGUCUAUACACUGAAAACUGAUUCUUGGCGAAAGAUCGAGUGCUUCUCUCCCUACCAUGCUUAUUGGUUUCAGGGGAUUUUUCUGAAUGGAGCUAUUCAUUGGUCGGCAACGACAGUUGGAGAUCGAUCCUCUUCGGUGAUUGUAUCUUUUCUAUUAGCAGAGGAGGAGGUUCGCGAAAUUCGACUCCCACCCAUCGGUGAUACUUGUUUAGCAAACCUGGGAGUGUUUAGAGAUUGCCUAUGUAUAACGCUCGCUGGUAUUGAUCAAACAUUCAAUGAGUUUUGGGUCAUGAAAGAAUAUGGGGUGAGCGAGUCUUGGACUAGAAUGAGGGUCUCCAUGCCAUAUCACCAAUUGUCACAUUUUGGUUUCUCUACAAAAUCUCAUGAUUUGAUGGUGUGUGGAAGUUCAUUUGUUAUGUACAACUUCAAAGAAGAAAGUUUUAGGAACCUUCCAAUUCGUGAUACCACCUUAGGAGGUAAUGGCGUUGGGGUUUAUGUUGAGGGACUUUUUCCACUAAUCGAUCGAGAGCAGGACGAGAGCCGUAGAGUAGAUAAUCAAGUAUUGAUUAAGCUCAAGCAUGCAUAA